AUGCUGCUGAAGUUUGUGGUUGUUCUGUUUACGUUCGCCGCGUCUGAAGUUGGACUCGAGGUUGAUAGGGAACAGGUGAGCGUGGACAUCGCGCCAUGUUGCGUUGAUUCCACAUCCAUAUCCACUAUGAGUCUCAAGCGUUCGGCGGGAACCAUGGCCGAUUCGACACCGGAUGAACGGCAACGUAACAACAACUACUCCGUCUCAGAGGCGGUCCUUGACCGAAAAUCUCGUUUUGCCGGAUACUAUUCUCCCUCCCUGCCAGCGAGGACCCUGCAAAGCCUCCCAGAGCUGAAGCCGGCAACCCACCGAAUCGCAGCGUGGCGGGUAGCCUCAAAGCAGACGACUCUGAAGACAUCAUCAGGGCCGUUGCAGCUCUUCGACGUCGGACACGAUGAUGAUGGGGAGUCAUGGGCCGGGAAACGGCUCGAGAAGGUUCUCGAAGAAAUGGGAGUUACUGGGAGCAUUGUUGUGGCACGAUGGUAUGGCGGCGUUUUGCUGGGUCCGGUAAGGUUUCAGCAUAUCGAAACGGUGGCGCGAAACGCUGUCAGACGAUGGCAACAAACCUGGGAGCGGGACGGGGAAGGGGAUCGGAAACGGCGACAGGUGGAUUCUGCAUCUCGGCUAGAGCAAGGCGAUAAGAUUGUGCCACGAGAUCCAGAACUGGAGGAGAAGGAACGAAGGGCUCUGGUGAAAGAGCUCCAAUCCAGAGACGAGAGCAUCGUUGUCCUCAGACAGCUGCUAGAUCAAAAGAAGGCAGAUACGGUGACGGCCGGUUCUCCACUUGCUGCGAGUCAGUCAAGUGAGCCAACUAAGCCAUUACAAGCAUCCCCUUCAGCGACAUCGCCGGAGUAUGAAUCGUUUCCUUUGGCUCGUUUACAGCAGCUGGAGAAGGCUAGAGAUGCUAGCAUUGGGUUUCUUCUGAAGCAAAUCGAUAAAACCGAAGCACAACAAGGUAGUCGGAAAUGAGAGUUGUAUAAUGUGCAGAGUUUGAUUUAGAGACACCAAUAAACAGUAAAACCCCAGCGGAAAGUCGAUGAUUAGAGGAGAUUCCAUAAUUCCAUUCCGACCGUGAUAUCCGAU